AGUAAUUGAUACACAGUUUACAUUAGUGUAGACUAAAAAUUGAAGAUGCCUAAUUAGACAAUCAUGCUCCAGACUUAAUCAUGUUAACACGUGAGCAGACACUCAGCAAGCCCCUGUGGGAUAGGAGUGGGUGGAAUAUGGUGACACCCACACCUUUGUGUGGUCUGACAAGAAGCAGCAAUUCAGCUGUUGAUCUUGGAUGGAAACAGAAGCUUGAUGAAUGCUCUGUUUGCAUGUGAACUAUGUGUGCUGACAGGACUGGGUGUCCAGCUCUGAGCAUGCCUCCUGCGAGUGUCAAACCUGGGCAUGCCAGUGCCAACCCUGACUGGAGCACUUCAUGGUGACCUGGGCACUGGACAAGAAACCCAUUAGCAAGUGCUAGUCCUGUGUAGGACGCAGAAUUACUUUGUUACACCAGUGCAAGUUCAAAAACUGCUAAACUGCACCAGCUGAAGGUACUGUGCAAGGUGCUGUGAUUGUACAGUUUUGCAAUGCAGACACCAGGGAAAAUGAUGACUGUAUGAAUAAACAAUAUGUUGUCAGCCUUGUCUGCCAGACCAAACAUUACAAGUCAAUAUGAGAGAUUUGUGCAUGCAUGUUCUUCUUCCAGCUCCUGAAACUUCUCUCCAGAGGCAGCUCUGGUAGCAUUCCCUCUACUCCCCCUAUCCUGAAGGGCCUGCUCAGACAUCCCUCACACUCUGUUUUUUUUCCAUUGUGCUUCCAUAACUGGUUCUAACUGCUGCCUUAGCAUAGGAAAGGUUUAGGGAUGGGUGUUUUUACAGUGUGUCUCAUGUGCUGUAUAUAACUGCAGUUUAUUCAUUUGUGUGGUGUUGAAGGUUAAACGGGAUCCUGCUGCCCCACAGGCUUGUGGUGUCACAGUGCUUUGUGGAGUUUGCUGCCUGCUCCGUUGGGCCCCACAGAGUUUCCAGCAGGAAAUGCCGAGGAGAACUCGGACAAGCAGUGCCCUUUUCCCUGCAGCAAAGUGUCAUUUUGUGCACUGGGCUGGGCAACACUCGAGACCCCAGACAGGCGUAUUUCCAUCUUGUCAUGCAGUGAUUAAUGGCUCUGCUCACAUGGUCUGUUGCAGCACGGUGCUGAUUUAGGCUGCUACUUGUCAUCACUGCAAUUUUGUGCACUUUAAAUUCUUCAUGUGUUUGUCCCAGCAGAGUGCACCUGCUUCCAGCCAGGAGCAAUUUCUUGGCUGUCUUGUGACUUGCUGCUUAAACCCCAUCUCAUGCAUCCCUUUCUUUCUACCUGCUCCCUGCUCCUGCAUGCUGAGGGAUCGAUUUACUGGGUCUAAACUUUUACUCGUGUCUAAACAUAGGAGCAACUUUGACAAAGAAAUAGAGUUGUUCCCCAAGUCUGAUGUUAAAAGCAAAAUAAAAUAAUGUUAAAAGCAAAAGUGAAAAUAACACAGCACUUAGUGCUGUUGUCUAGCUGACAACGUGGUGAUGGGUGAAAGAUGACUUGAUCUUGAAAGUCUUUUCCAGCCUUAAUUAUUCUCUGAGUCUCCACAAAUGGACAGUGGGAACUGAAAGGUUAAUCUCUCUAACGUGUGCCACUCUCAGGCUGGGGUUUCAGUCUUUAUGGCAACAAACCCAAGUUCAAAUAGCUUUUAUUAGUGCAGAUUUCAACAUAUUAACUUAUUUGAGGAUUUCCUAUUUCUGUUCUGUAAAGGUUUGAAAAGAAAACAAAUGGGAUAUUUCUGUCAUCACUUGGUUCUCUGGCAUUUGGAGAUGGAGUGCAUGAUUGUAUUAAUCCAGGACUAAUUAAUUUACAAAUACCCAUAUGUUAUGGGUAGCUGCUUGCAGUUAAUCACUGCACUUGUUUUCAGCAGGUUUUAAGGGCUUGCCUUUUAAUGGUGGUUACGUGUAAGAAAUCUGACGUGUCUGGACAGUGUCUAAGUACAUUUAGUUUUCUACAAUGCUUGAAAUAAAGCCCUUAAGUUAUUAAUUAGAAUAGAACAGAAGUUCUGGGCUUGUUUUUCAGUCUGUGAAUGUGUGGUAUGUGUUACUACUGAAUAUGAGGUUCUUGCCAGUCUCUUGACCUCUGGAAGGAUUGAGUUACCCUCCAUUUCUUAAUGUCCUGAUUUUUCCAUUGCUUCUUGCAACCAACUUCAUUUCUGCCUAACAAAAUGAUUUUUUUUGGCAUUGCAGCAAGUUGGCACUGCAUUUUCUUUACAGCUGUGAGGCACCAUUACCAGAGCUGCACUCUUGGCUAUAAAGGAUGACAUUGUUUAAAUUAUUGCAACCAAACAAUACCCUAGCAAAACUUGCAGAAUCACAAAUUCCAGUGUUUUACCCUUUUCUCUGCCCAUCUCUGAAGUGGAGAUGGUCAAGACCUUUCAGGCAAGUGUCUUCUUGUUUCUGUCAAAUCUCCUAUCAAGACCUGAACAGCUGCCAUCACACUGUGUUGGUUUUUUCAACCUCUCUCUGCUUCUCUGAAACUUUCAGUUAAUAAUUGGAAAUAAAGCUGAUGAAGCUUUUGGCUUCCAGCUCUGCUGCCAGAUCACAGGGGCAGCUCUGCAGUUGAUGCCUUGGUAUUUUUUGCUCUUGAGUUGAUGUCAUUAGCAAGUAGCUGUGUUUAAACUCGCAUCUUCCCCUGCCAGCUCACUUGUGCCUCCUUGCUGGGCAUGUGCCACCCACAGCAGAUGACUUAAGGCUGGUAUAUCGUGUUCCUCUGUGCUGGGAUGUGAUGAAUUCCUACGGGAAACACAAAACUGAGCUUGCUCCCGAUCCAAGGCUCCUCGGUUGUUGGGCAGUGCGGGGUGGGAUCGAGCUGUCCCCGGCUCUCCCCAGUGGAAAACUGUAUUCAGUUUCCCUCGCGCUGUAACAUCUGAAUUCUCAGGAGCCAAACGACAAGACUUUUGUUCUAAAUAACUUCCUUUCUUCCUUUUCUCGAGGGACGCUGGAGCUAAAGAUUAAACAGCACACAAAAGCAGCUGCUUCUCUUCUCCUUUGGCAGAAAGCAAGUUGUCGCGUCUCUGCAUAUAAAAGUUACUGCCAAGAACUCUUCCCUCCGUCUCCUGCAUGCGAAAAAUUAAGGUCGUUUCCUAAUCACCCGAGUUGUCCCCGCCUGCCUUUUGCAAAACAUCGUUUGAUGUGCUGCAUCAAACCCGGUUUCAGGGCGUAGAUCUGAGAGGGGAAGAAGGAGGGGGAAAAAGGGGAAAUGAAAAGGGAAGGGAAAAGGAAAAACUGUGCGAAGCCGCGCGCAGUGCUGGGGGAACCGGCAGCUGAACUCCGGCCCGUGAACGGGGCAGACCAUCCGCCUGUCCCCGAUCUCCGUGUCCCGGUCCCGCGUGUCCGAUUCCCGUGUCCCGGGUGUCUCCGAUUCCCGUGUCCUGGUCCCGCCUGUCCCUGUUUCCCGCGUCCCGGUCCCGCCUGUCCCCGAUUCCCGUGUCCCGGUCCCGCUUGUCCCUGUUUCCCGUUUCCCGUGUCCCGGUCGCUCCUGUCCCCUCCCUUUCCCGCAGCCCCGCUCCGCCACGUGCGGUGUGGGCGGGGCAGGGGGCGGUGCCUGUCCUGGCCCCGCCCUCCGGCCGCGCCUGCGCGGCGGGGGCGGCGCGGCGGGCGCGGGGCAGAGCGGCGGUGCCGAUGCCGCGGGGCAGGGCGGCCGCCGCGGUGGGGAGCGAUGAUCCCCUACUUCUCCGACAACGCCGUCAUCUCCCAGGGCGCCAUCGCCCAGCUCGUUAUUGCUGCCAGAACCCUUGACCGUUCAGCAAUUAGCCUGCAAUCCUCUGAGCAGCAUGUUAUUGGAAAUCUUUAAUUGCUUCUGUGCCAUUGUAAACUACUGUAGCUUUCAUCAGCGAAAGCUUCCUCACUGUGAAAGGUGCAGCUCUCUUCCUGCCACGAGGAAAUGGGUCAUCCACUCCCAGGAUCAGUCACAGGCGAAACAAACAUGCAGGCUGUAAGACUGGAAAGUACCUACCAGAACCGCACUAGAUACAUGGUGGUGGUGUCCACCAAUGGCAGACAAGACACGGAGGAGAGCAUUGUCCUAGGAAUGGAUUUCUCUUCCAAUGACAGUAGCACUUGUACAAUGGGCCUGGUGCUGCCGCUCUGGAGCGACACCUUGAUCCACCUGGAUGGAGAUGGAGGGUUCAGCGUAUCAACAGAUAACAGGGUGCACAUAUUCAAACCCGUGUCCGUACAGGCAAUGUGGUCUGCUCUGCAGAGUUUGCAUAAGGCUUGUGAAGUGGCACGGAGCAACAAUUACUAUCCAGGGAGCCUCUUCCUCACGUGGGUCAGUUACUAUGAGAGCCAUAUCAACUCGGAUCAGUUGUCGGUCAACGAGUGGAAUGCCAUGCAAGAUGUCCAGUCCCACCGGCCUGACUCGCCCGCCCUCUUCACAGAUGUCCCAACUGAGCGGGAACGCACGGAACGGCUGAUUAAGACCAAAUUAAGGGAGAUCAUGAUGCAGAAAGAUUUGGAGAACAUCACCUCAAAAGAGAUACGCACAGAGCUGGAGAUGCAGAUGGUGUGUAACCUGCGGGAGUUCAAAGAAUUCAUUGACAAUGAAAUGAUAGUGAUCCUUGGGCAGAUGGACAGCCCCACACAGAUAUUUGAUCAUGUCUUUUUGGGCUCAGAAUGGAAUGCCUCCAAUUUGGAAGAUUUGCAGAACAGAGGGGUACGGUACAUUUUGAAUGUGACUCGAGAAAUAGAUAAUUUCUUCCCUGGGCUCUUUGAAUACCACAAUAUCCGGGUUUAUGAUGAAGAAGCUACAGAUCUUCUGGCUUACUGGAAUGAUACCUACAAAUUCAUCUCCAAGGCAAAGAAAAAUGGUUCUAAGUGCCUGGUGCACUGCAAGAUGGGAGUGAGCCGCUCAGCAUCCACAGUGAUUGCCUAUGCCAUGAAGGAAUAUGGCUGGAACCUGGACAGGGCUUACGACUAUGUGAAAGAAAGGCGCACCGUCACCAAGCCCAACCCCAGCUUCAUGCGGCAGCUGGAGGAGUACCAAGGGAUCCUGCUGGCCAGCAAACAGAGGCACAACAAACUCUGGCGCUCACACUCGGACAGCGACCUCUCGGAUCACCACGAGCCCAUCUGCAAGGCUGGGCUGGAGCUGAACAAAAAGGAGAUCACCACUUCAGCUGACCAGAUCUCAGAGGCCAAGACCAAUGACAACCAGCAGCCCAUGUCUCCCAUCUACUCAGCUGAGCUGGACAGAGAGCAGCAGCUCCCGGAGGAUGCAAACAUGAUCGAGGACGUGUGUGUGAAGGAGAGAAGGAUCCACUUAGAGUUUACUUGCAGGGACUUCCACGCUGAGCAGAUGGAGGACAAGCUGAACCUGAACAAUAUCAAUGGCUGUACGGCAGGGUGUUGUGUAGAUUCUGUCCCCCCUGACAACUGCCGUGCUUCUGAGGCCCUAAUGCAGCUCCAGCCCCCCUUGGAAAUAACUGAGUUUCCUGAUCUGACAGUGGAUGACCUAGAAAAAGAUGCCCUUAAGUCUGAUAUGAACGUGCACUUGGUUCCCAUGGAAGAAUUCACUUCAUGCUUAAAAGACUUCCCCCAGUCCCCAAACCAAAAUUCCCCAGGUCUUCAACAGAACCCUCAGCCCGAAGUGACAGACCUCAGCACAGACAGGAUUGAUUUCUUCAGCGCUUUGGAGAAAUUCGUGGAGCUCUCCCAGGAGAGCCGGUCACGCACCUGCUCCCAUUCCAGGCCAGAGGAGCAAGGGACUGGGAGAAAUGGGGUCUCCAGGGUGCCAAUGCUGGAAGUGCCACCUGCUGCAGAUGGGGGUGCAGAUGCUCGAAGGAACAGCCCUGGAAACUCUCCUCAGGCAUCCGAUGACUCUUCUGCAGAUGAAGAGCAACAAAAGGAGGUCCCUGAGCUGCCUGGUGCAGGUCAUCUUACGAGAUCCCACUCAGAAAAUGCCAUUUCUGUGAAGGAAAUUAUCACAGAGAUCGAAUCAAUCAACCAGGGAGCAGGACCUGCCCAGCAGAAAGAGGGUUCAGCCAACCUCAGCCAGACACCAAAGAGGAACACGGUGCAUGACCUGCCAGUGGAGGUGAUUUGGGCAUCAGAAAAGUUGGAACAGAGUGAAGGAGCCUGUGCUGGACACCAGGAAAAGGAGAAGGACCCUCUGCCAACUGAGCAGGAAGAAGCCCCGUUUCUGCAGCUGUCUUCUGGUAAAUCAGACUUGGAGGAAAGCAGCUCUGGUGGGGAGCAGCAGGAGCCUCGUGGCUCCAUCAACCCUGAGCCCAAGUGGUGCCCCGGCUCGGUCCGGCGAGCCACGCUGGAGUUCGAGGAGCGCUUGAGGCAAGAGCAGGAGCACCAGCACACGGCCCCAGCCUGCACCUUACCCACCCGCAAGAACUCCAGGAACGACUCUCCUGCUGCCGAGCUCCUGCCACGGGGGAAGAGCGAGGAGCCACCCCUGGAGCUGGCUCCGGAGGGGCACAAGGCUCAGAGUCCAGGUGCUGAGGAGCUGCUGCUGCCUCCUGGGGCAGAGCAGCCUGUGGGCAGACACCUGGCUGCACCCCUCGGCCCCCCUGCCCAGGAGUCCCUGCCCGCAGAGCCCAGCCCGGGGCAGGGGGGAGCAGCACAAGAGUGCAGGACAGUGGUCUCAUUUGGCGGGACGGAGGAGCCAUCCCUGCCCUCCCUCCUCCCAAAGAGAAUCGAAAUCAUCGAAUACACCCUCACGGUCAGGCCUGCGGAGCAGUGCCCCGACACAAGCUGUGAGCGGGGCAGGCUGGCUGCAGCCACCCCAUCUUUAGAUGAAAACUUGAACCCCUCGAUGUGCUUGGAGAAGGCUCCAGCAGAUCCCUCGCUGCCGGAGCAUGCGGUACACAAGCAGGCCGUCUUCACCGUGGGCAGCCCCAGCGAGGAAGGCAGUGAGAUACCUGCUCCCCUUGGUGCUGCUUCUCCCUCUGCCCAGGUGACCUGUCCACCUUCAGCCAGCCUCGAGCGCUCUCCUCACCCCUGUGUCAUUCACCUGGAAGGUGUCACUGAGCAGAGCACGGGUACGGAUGAUGAGCUGGUCACGCCGUGUGGCACCGAGGGAGACGCGACUCUCCCGUUCAGGGACGGUCCCAAACCUCUCUGUGGGGGCGGUGCUGGCAUCUCGAGGCAGCUGAGCAGCGAGGACUUCACCAGGCAGCAUGCUGAAAACACGGACCUUCUGGACAUCUCGUUCCUGUGUUACAGCCUCCCUCACAGCUCCAGCAGCCUCAGCGUGGAGGAGCGCUCCAGCAGCCCCAGGCCGGUCAAGCAGCGGGCAAAGGAAUUAGAGGCUCGGAUCCGGCACGCGGGGCUCACCAGACCCUCCCACAUGAAGCGCUCGGCAUCCCUGGCCAAGCUGGACUGCCUGGACCUCUCCAAGGAUGAUUUACACGACAGGGAGUUGGCCUCUUCCAAUGCCAACCCGGUGCUUCUCACCUGCGUUGCCCUCCGUCGAGGCUUUCGUGGGGGGAGGUUGGAGAGGGGCUCAGAGAGCGCAUGUGGGAAGCAUCAGCUCUCCUCCCUGGAGCCCACUAAGCAUUUUGUGGAACAGCUCAGAACAGCCGAGUGCAUUGCCCAGAGCAAGCCGGUGGAGAGGCCGCUGGCUCAGUACGCCAAAGAGUGCAGCUCCAGCCAGCAGAGUUUGUGUUCCAGUGCGGAUCCAAUGUGGACUAGCUCUGGGGAGGGCCCUCCAUUGCUCCAGGUGCAGGUCCUGGACUCCUUGUCUCCAUCUCAAGCUCUGGCUGUCGCCCCGCGGCAGCAGCACGGGAGAACUCACCCUCUGAGGAGGCUCAAAAAGACCAAUGACAAAAAGCGGACAACCAAUCCCCUCUACAACACGAUGUGAUCCUGGGCCCUUGGCUGUGAUUUCUUACCCAGAACCUGUGGUGUUGCUUUCACGCAAGGGGGCAGGUGUAAUAUAAGGAACAUGCACUUUAUUGGUUAAUUUUAUAUAUAUUGUCAUUUUACUGUUCCUGGCGCAUGUAGGUGUGGGUUGGUUCUUCUGUGUGUGACUCCGACUGCAGGACUGUUUGGGUUUAACUCAGAUAACCUCAAAUGUUCUUUUUUUAUUAUUGUUGUUAGUUUGUUUUAAAAGAACACCUUUAUCAUGAGAAAAUUAAUGUUGGCUUGCUUUGGCAAGAUGGAGUUUUGCUUACAACCAGAUCCUAGUUCCUAACUUGAAAUUUCCCCAUGCCUUGAAAUGAUUCUGGGCAGUUGGUGGGGUGAGAGCCCCUGUAAAUGUGAAGGUUGUGCCAAGGUCCCUUUGUUUGGCCUUUCUUCUGUUCUGCAAACUGGAACUCCACCAUGCUGGCAGAUCCCUCACAAAGAUGCUUCAGGACAAAUGCCCUGGGCUCAGUUCAGCUGGUGCUUCCCCAUAAGCACCAGGGGUAAAUCUUCCCAAUGGAUGAGCUCUAAUAACCCUGGGCAGUACCAAGACCAGCUCUCCUAUCUGCCAUGGGGCACAGAGAGCUCUCUGCUCUGUGCUGAAGUGGGGCAGAGCUCCUCCAGGAGCUGCCACAUUCACCUCUACCCCCAAAGCCAGUGUUCUUUUAAAACAAACAGCUCAUUAGGGUUUUAACCCUCCCAUUACUUGAAUACUGCUGUGGGCCUUCUAAGUUCAUGGCCAUAUCAUCUGUCCUCUGCCCUCUUCCUACUGCCUGCCCUCUGCCCCAAAGCUAUUCUUGUGCUGCCUGAGUUUCCCUCUCCUCUCUGCCGUGCCCACGGGUGUUUCUGGUGGCUCCCAAAACUUGAGCUGUUUUUGUUACAUGACAUACUGCCCUUAAUGCAAAGCUUUCUUCUCUCUGCUGUCACUCCUAACUCCAGACCCAGAGGGAAAAUCUUUUCUGGAAGUUUUUUUCUUUUUUUCUUUUCUUUUUUUUUCUUUUUUUUUUUUUCUUUUUUUUUUUUUUUUUGCCUAAAUUGUAUAUAUGAUAUUUAUAUGAAUUUCUUUUUCUUUUCUAUGGUUUAAAAAAAAAAAAAAAAUAAGGGCAAGACUUUAUUCUGUAAACUGGAAAACAAACCCACCUGACUCAAACUCAGUGCUGUUCUUUGUGAUCUGCACAGACAUGGGAGUGGAUUUGACAUUAUAAGCUGUCUUCUCUUUCCAAAAGUGAGCCUCAAUGCCAAAUGUGUCCCUUCUCCUCCAGUCCUGCGUGAACCCCUGUUAUCCCACUGUGGAGGGGCACUGUGUGUGUGCCCGUCUCCUUCCUGCUUGAAGCUGGGUUCCAGGAGUGCCAGUUGGAUGUGGAAACCCUUUGGCUGCUCUGAGCCAUUCUGUAGGUUCUUGCUUCCCUGGAGAAACUCUGUGUGAAGGUUCUGCUCCAAAUUUCAGCAAAUUAUUUUGUGGUUUCUGAGCAGUUUGGUUAAAUCAGAGCUCCUCGUUUCUAUCUGGGUGCAUCAACAAGUUGUCCCUGUGCUGUAGGAGCAGAGGGAAAGGCCAAGGGGAGCUCUGGGUCCUGUCCACAGUCCCGUGGCAGGUCCUGUCUGAGCUGGUUUUUGGCUGGGGCCCAGACCUGCCCUCUGGGGAGGAGAAAAGCAAAGAGAAGAUGCAGAAUGGCUCAGGCUGCUGAAACCCAGCAUGGAGGGAGCAGCAGCCAAGCACAUACCUAGAAAGCAACCUUAAAGCUUCAGACGCUUGCAGGCUCAGAUGGGACAAACCCUCUUGAGCUGGAGAGGAGCACACAGCAGUGGAGUGCUCUGGAGUAUUGGGAAGCAGCAUGUGCCUGCCCUGGGGAAGGUGUGUGGGGCAUCCUCAGCCCACAGAUGGUUGGCAAAGUUGGCAAGGUAAUGCCACCUUCCUGCCCUCUCUGUAGCUCCCAGGGGUCUUUCUGUGCUGCCUUGCAGCCUGGGCAAGGUCUGUGAGUCAGCCACGAGCACUUUCCCUCCCUUUCCUGAACUCUACCCGUGCUGGAGCACAGCCCUGUCCUGGGUCAAACAGCUUGUCAUCCCAGGCCAUUUCAGUCACUAGAAGUCACCCAAGCCCCCUGGCCCAGGAGGCCAGAUCCUUCUUUGGGACACUGAAAAACAUGUGGCUUCUAGCCUUCUCCAGCUGGCUCCGGAGCCAGGCAGACGCUGUGGAAAGGCCAAGUGGCUCAUGUCAUCUGGAGAAGGACAGGUUCAGUCCUUGCCUCCCCUACAAACUUCACCAGGCCCUACUGCCCACUGUUCUGACUCCAAGGACAUGCCUGCCUGUGCCUCCACGGGUGGAAGGGACUGGUUGCCAUCAGCUUGCCUUGCGUUGGAACGUGCAUGCUUGGCUGGCAGCAUGUCCUGGUGACAAGGAUCUGCUGGGCAGGGAAAAGCCCUGUGUAGAAUUUUUUCACUUGAGAAGGCAAGAGGAGGAGGAAAAGAUCAGGUUUCUUUGCCCAGCUUGAUCUCAGGAGAAAUGCCCUCUGGGAAGGGUUUUCAAUGCAGACAAGAAAUGCUGCUUUCUUCCAAUACUCAGCUGCUCUCCGGGUGCUUCAGUUGGGCAGAACAGCAGAGGGGCAGAGGCCCCUGCAGGGAGGUGUUUUGCUGUCCCCUUGUCCUUGGCUCUGGCCCAGCACAACUGGUUUUUCUCUGAGAAGGCUGUGGGCAGGCAGAGGGAGUCAGGAAAGGUGGUUCUCUUACAGAGUGAUGAAGGCCUUGGAGGUCUGGAGGCUCUGAGCGGGAUGGCAGGACAGGGACAGACUGGAGGGAUAUGGACCUCCUUUCCCAGUGUCUGGGCAAUGAAGCCACCAAGCCCCUGGCAUCAGAGGUCUCUGCUGGGGACGAUUGUCCCUUCUCCAUGCUGGUGGCUCGUGGGAGGGUUCCUGUAGCCACCCCACAAGAGCUUCUUGUGACCCACUGAGCACCAUAGGGAGCAGCAGCACCUUCAGGGUGCUCAGCAGCUGACAAGCCUCACGGUAGAGGGGGGUUGGGAGACACGUGUUGUUUUAAGGGCAUUUUUGUACAAAGCAACUGUUCUUUGGUCUCUGGUGAAGCCUCUCGGAGGACGCUUUAUUGUUUACAUUGACUCCUGUACAAUAUCCCAGCCAUCGCUGCCCCGUCCCGGCCGUACUGUAACAUGUGAGCCUUGCACAAACGGACUGUGUGUGUGAAUCUGGUUCUACACUGCAUUCUGUUGCACUCGGUGGUGUGUGUGAAUGGUGUGUGUGUGUGUGAGUAUGUGUCUGGUCUGCUUGAGAAGUUGUGACUUGUACAAAUCUCUCCCCUCUCGGCCCUUUCCUGGGGGCACGGUCCCAGCAGGUGGCAGGAAGUGACACUGCUUCUGGGUCACUUGGAUGUUUAAACGGAGCAGGGAUUAGCUCCGUGUCCCUCUGCCAGCAAAGGGUGGAAGGGAUCCUGCCCCAGCUCCGGCUGCUCUGGGGACAUCCUGGGAGGAGCGAGCUGGGAAUCCGUGGCCACAGGGGCACUGCACCUGCCGGGGGCUCCAGGAUCCUCUCUGGCAGGAGGAAGCCAUACCGACCGCAGGGCCCUGCUCCCCGCACGGUGCAUCCUGCCUUAAUCCAGUCCUGGCUCCACACAAACCCCCCACUUCUCCCCAAGGGGGGCUCUGAGCCCUUGGUGUGGGGCAGGUGCUGGCCUGGCGCAGGAGGGUCCGGGCUGGUGCAGGGCUCAGUGCCUGUCAGGCAGUGCUGCCAGAGGUGCUAACAGCCCACCCGCGCUGCAGACUUCUCUGUUGGCACGAGAGAAGGUGCCAGUGCCUUUUAUUUUCCUUUAUGGAGAUGUGACGUCCGUGUGCUGGUUUAUAGGGAUUGUCCAUUGCUGAGCAGCUGGCGGUGGGGUUGUGAAUCAGGGAGGGGAGCACUUCUGUCCGACCCUCCUGGAUCUUCCUUGGUGGCUGGGAUCAUCCCCGUUCCCCUUAAAGACUUUAUGACCGAUGUGCUCAACUGUUUUUAAAUGUGAACUUGUGCACUGAUGUGCAGAUUCAAUGGUCUUGUUACUGAAUUAAUAAAAGUUUUAUUUUGAAGAUGACAAA